GCAGCUUAUUUGUUACCGCCAAACCUACUAAAGGGUAUCGGUAUACUUGCAUUGUUACUUGUCUUUAUGUCUGUCAUUGGUCUUAUUAGUCUUUUUUAUAAAGUAACAUCUAUGCGUUCCAUUCAUCUUAUUUAUAUAGUAGGAAUGGCUUUGGUUAUGAUUUAUCAUAUUGCUUUGAUCUUUCUUUCUUAUGAUUAUUCUUCUCAUCUUUAUUCUAUAUUAACUAAGAUAUGGGCAAAUGCUCCAACUGAUUAUCGUCUUUAUGUUCAAAAUAAG